UUUGCAACCACACUGAAUGGAGAUCCCGUUUAUGGCAUUUGCUAUUAACAACCAGGCUAUUAACUUCACCCAUUUCCGUUGAUGGCAUUUGUGUGUGGCUGCUGCUGUUUCAGGGUCAAUCCCGCUCCCAACCUGACGUGUGUGGAUGGAAAGAGGCUGCGGCAAUCUGCGACGCCGGCUGACCCCGUGUGCAAGGUGCUCGGCGACGACAACCUACUCAUUGAGAUCCUCCUCCUAAUCUGCUACCCAACUACCCUCGUCCGCGCUGGUCUCGUCUACAAGCGCUGGCUCUGUCACGCCUCCGACCCCGCCUUCCUCUGCCGCUUCCGCAAGCUCCGCCCGCCCCGCCUCCUUGGCUUCUAUGUCGACACCGGGAGGUUUUGUAACAGCUCAUGCCUUGUGCCGAUGCUACCGCACCCCCCAGAGUUCAACGCCAUCAUCCGCUCUGCAAGCUCCAUCCUGGAUGCCUGCAGUAACACACAUUAAUUCGUCUUGGACUGCUGCAAUGGCAACGUCUUCAUGAACACGUUCAAGAGCUACAUUGGAGAUCCUGGAUCAAAAAAUAUAGUGCUCAGCCCCCUCUGCCCUGAGAGGGGCAUGGUCGUCAUCCCACCAUACCCACGACACAAACUCCAGGAUGGCUAUUUCUGCACUUUCAGUGAACUCUUUCUCAAAGAACGCGGCAACGACUUGUCCUACUUUUGUGUGUUGAUGGAAUCUUCGAAGGAGCGAACAAAAUCUACGGUGCACAUGUAUAUGUUGCAAGAUGGUGUCUGGUGUGUGCAUGCCUCGGCAACGACGCAGCUCCCUUUUCUGCCACAGGAACUGAAUCCUCUGCUUGUUGGCAAUAAAAUCUAUAUGGCGGCCACCCCGAGCGAAAUUCUUGUCUUGGAUUUGACAGCCUUAAGUUUCUCCACAUUUCAGCUUCCACAAGGGCUUGUUAUAAGUGACAGACGAACCAUGUUGUCAAGGGCAGAUGAUGAUUCUGGCGUGUAUCUCAUUCAUUUGAACGAGUUUCAGCUCCGCAUAUGGCUACACACAGGGGAGAACUGUUUGCUGAUGGAUACCAUAUGUUUGCGUGAGAUGUGUGCUAAAUGGAGGGUGCCUGAUCACACACAUGAGGUGUCAAUGAAGCACGUGGGGCGCAAUGCUGAGUUUGUUUUCUUGGAGAUGGGUCCAUGCCUACUCUAUUUGGGUAUCAAGUGCAGGACGCUGUGUAAAGUGUAUGAGAGGACAAAUGAGAUUCCAUGGUUGGGUUUUAUCCAUCCGUAUAUGAUGAUCUGGCCUCCCACAUUCCCUGUGCUCAAGGAUGAUCCUGCAAGUAAUGCGACAGGAAGAGGACGAAGGUCGAGGAUCAAAGAAGCGUGAGCUGCAGUUAAUUUCUAGCAGCUGAGUGUGUGGGAGCAAAAAAGGCAUGUCUUAGAGAAAGCAAGUGCAGUAUCUGUUGGCUGUGUUUUGAGUCAGUGACAAGUUAUUCUGGGUACUGGAUUAGAUGUUAAAUGGAACUGGAUGUUUUAAACAGACCUGUAUGUUUGUGUUGAAUCCCAACGUUCCACUGCCUGCUAAUUAUGUUUUUUUUUGCUUUCUACUGUAUUGUCCAUUUGCAAAUCCAGUCCUAGUUGGUGAUGUUCCUGUGGGAUCAGUCCGCAGAUCAUAUGAGGUAUAGCAUUUGUUGCCAGGAGUAACAACAAGACAGUUAUGCAAUUACAGUGCAACAUAAACAUUGAAUGAUUGCCUAUGUGCAAAGCUUAGUUUUGAAGACAGUUUUGAACAUCUCUGUAAUCCCUCAUGGUAAGAUUUAUGGUUCUGGCCUGGACGGUCUUAAUAUGGCUCUUUGCACAAGUUAAAGGUUAAAACUAUGCACUCCAGCAUUCUUUCUUUUACCAAUGGCAUGUAUAGCUCCCAUCCAUUUUCCAGAACAGCAAUGGAUCCACAGCUUUUGAGCCAGGCUUGACCAUUCUGUACUCAGUGGUAUAUAUAGCUCCCCUGGUUUUACAAAGCAGAGAAGGAUAUUCUGUUCCUUUGUUGCAAAACAGAAUUCCGUGUUUUAUCAUCAUACCUUUCCUACAUGCUGCUUGCUCAUACGAAAAGGCAAAAAAAAAGAAUAUGCAUGCUUCCGUGAUGAAGUCAUACUUACCAUCUCUUGUUGUAAC